UCUCUGUGUUUGAUCACAGAAUUGUAAUCGGAUCGUUAUUUUCGGAUCGAUAACGUUGUUGGGGAUGAAGCUCCUCUGCAGCGGAUUCCUCCUGCUUCUCUUCUGCCCCCCAGUUUGCUUGGCCGCUCAUGGUCGCUACGCGCAGAAGCUGCUGACUGACUUGUUCUCCAAUUACACCAACGCUUUGCGGCCGGUGGAGGACACGGACCACAUCAUCAAUGUCACACUGCAGAUCACUCUGUCCCAGAUCAUCGACAUGGAUGAGCGGAACCAGAUCCUGACUACCUACCUGUGGGUCCGCCAGGUGUGGAAUGACGCCUACCUCACCUGGAAGAAGGAGGACUACGAUGGUCUUGACACCAUCCGCAUACCCAGCAGCUACGUAUGGAGGCCUGACAUUGUCCUGUAUAACAGUGCAGACGACGAGUUCUCCAGCUCCAUGGAGACCAACGUGGUUCUUCGUAACGACGGCCAGGUCAUGUGGGACCAGCCAGCCAUCACCAAAAGCUCGUGCUCCGUGGAUGUGGCCUUCUUCCCCUUUGAUUUGCAGCAGUGUCAUCUAACCUUUGGAUCUUGGACUCACAACGGUAACCAGAUGGACUUGUUCAAUGCCUUGGACACUGCCGACCUGGCCGACUUUGUCCCCAAUGUGGAGUGGGAGGUUCUGGGCAUGCCAGCCAAGAAGAAUGUUAUCCUGUAUGGCUGCUGUUCAGAUCCGUACCCGGACAUCACCUUUAGCCUCCACCUGAAGAGACGUGCCUCCUUCUACAUCUUCAAUCUCCUCAUCCCCUGCAUGAUGAUCUCCUUUCUGGCUCCGCUGGGCUUCUACUUGCCGGCUGAUUCUGGUGAAAAGGUUUCUCUGGGUGUCACCGUCCUGCUGGCCCUCACUGUGUUUCAGUUAUUGGUGGCUGAGAGCAUGCCGCCCUCUGAGAGCGUCCCACUGAUAGGAAAGUACUACAUUGCUACCAUGACGAUGGUCACUGCAUCAACAGCGCUCACCAUCUUCAUCAUGAACAUCCACCACUGCGGUCCCGAGGCUCGCCCCGUCCCACAAUGGGCCGAGCGCUUCAUCCUUAACUACCUUGCACGCAUCUGUUUUGUCUACGAGGUUGGGGAGAACUGCCUCGGCGGGACUACUUCCAGGAAACAACCUCUGUCGCAGGAGGAGUCUGAAGCCCAGGCAGCCAAUGGCAGCAACCCAAAAGGAACAAACUGGGAUGUGAACGGGCAGGUGUGGGGCGGCAGGGUGGAGGAGGAUGGGGCUGGAGACUUGACCAACCAGACUGAAUGGAAAGAGGAUAUGUUUGUGACCAUCGACCACUCGGAGGAGGAAGGAGCUGCUGGAGGACACGACGGGGAGCGAGAGGAGUCAAACAGUGCCUGUGGAGGAGGAAGAGAGCCUGUCGAGGAAAAGAAAGGCGUAGGAGGUGAAAGCGAAGGCGGUGGUGGAGGCGGAGCCGGGAAGAACAGAAGGGAGAUCUUGGUGAAAACCGUGUGUGUGUGCCAGCACCAGGGACUGCGCAGGAACGUUGAGUACAUUGCCAACUCAUACCAGGACCAACGAGCCGGUCAGCUGCGCAUCGGGGAGUGGAGGAAGGUCGCCAAGGUCAUGGAUCGCUUCUUCAUGUGGCUCUUCUUCAUUAUGGUCUUCUUCAUGAGCAUCCUCAUCCUGGGAAAAGCCAUCUGACGGAUCCCAGGCCUUCAAAGAUUCCCACGAGAGGGUGAUGG